AUAAUAAGAAAAAAUUUAAGUUGGAAUAAAAUAUAGUAGACUACACACAAGUUCCAGCAAAAACAUUAAAACGUUCCGCUGCCUCUUUUUUCGUCCCAGAAUUUUUCUACAGAAAAUUAAAAAAAAUUGUUUUGAGGCUGAGAAGAAAGCAUUUUCAUUUAAGUUUUUUGGAUCAUCAGCUUGAUUCUCUCAUGGUACUUUUCUUUUUCUCUCUCCCUAUAGAUUACUAUAAGUGUAUUUUGUUUGUAGCUCUGCAUGAAUGGGGUUUAUCUGGGUAGUUAGGAUUGCUUAUGUUUUCUAAGUGUUUAGUGUGUUUGUUGAAUUGACUAGGUUGUUUCAGUUGAGAUUUUGGUUAGUUAAAAUGGGUUAUUGCUAUUUGAGUUCUGUUAUAUGGAUACGAAAGUUUUGCAUGUUGAUGUAUUAACAGGGGAAAUCUGUUGAGUAAUUGGUGUUUCGUUUAAUAAAUUGUGAUCUGUCGAUGAUGUGUGAUUCUCAAGUGGGUGGUGUUGUACUUUGAAUCAAGUAUGGUGGAAGUGGAAGUAAGAAUUUUGAGUACUGAUUGGUUUGUUAUUGUGGGUGGCAGUAGGUAGUGUGUAUAAUGGCUGGUUCAUCAGGUUUAGGUUGGGAAAAAUCUGAUAGUUCUAGGGGAUUGAAUGGUUGUGUUAUUUCAAGGGAGAGGAAUGGAUUGCAUGAUAAUGGGAAUAGAUUAAGUAGUUUAGGUAAUGCAUCAAACAACGACAGAUUCAUGCAGGGAGGGAAGGUGAGAGAAACCGGCUCGUCUAGAUCGAAUUUGAUGGAACAAAGUGAUCUUAGCUUGAGGCAGUGGUUAGAUAAACCGGAACGAACUGUGGAUCAUUUAGAGUGCUUACAUAUAUUUAAACAGAUUGUAGAAACUGUCAAUCUUGCACAUUCCCAAGGUGUUGUAAUCAAUAACGUGAGGCCGUCUUGUUUCGUCAUGUCAUUGUUCAACCGUGUCUCCUUUAUCGAGUCGGCAUCAAGUUCUUCUGAUUCUGAUUCCUCGGAGGAUCGCCCGAACAGAAAGCCCUUAGGGGGACAAAAUAAUUCCUCAACAGAGGUAUCUCAUCCUAAUACUUCUCAAAGGGCAUCUGAUACUAGUUGCUUACGAUCAAGUUCGGUUUUUCCUAUGUGUAAAUCAUCAAUUGAAGAGAUUGAAGAGAGAAAUGUAGAUGAUAGCAGGAAACUUGAAGAAGUUAAGGAAAUCAAGAGAAAUUUCCCACUGAAACAGAUAUUAGCUAUGGAGAUCGGUUGGUAUACUAGUCCAGAGGAAGUUGAGGGUUCUCCAAGCUCCUUUGUGGCAGAUAUCUAUCGGUUGGGAGUUCUUCUAUUUGAGUUGUUCUGUGCAUUUAGCUCGACGGAAGAAAAGCUUAGAACUAUGUCGAAUCUCAGGCAUCGAGUUCUACCUCCUCAGUUGCUUUUGAAAUGGCCCAAAGAAGCCUCAUUUUGCCUCUGGCUAUUGCAUCCAAGGCCAAAUACUAGACCAAAAAUGAGUGAGGUGUUACAAAGUGAGUUCCUCGUUGAACCAAGAGAUAGCAUGGAAGAACGGGAAGCUGCAAUGAGUUUAAGAGAAGUUGCAGAAGAACAAGAGUUAAUUGCGGAAUUCUUUUUGCUGACCCAGCAGAAAAAACAAGAAGCGGUCGAAAAGCUGCAAGAUACAAUAACUUUGAUCUCUUCUGACAUUGACGAAGUUCAGAAACAGCAUUUAGUUAUUAAUAUCAAGGGAGGUGUAUAUACGGAAAUAAACAGCAAUGGUUACAGAAUGAUAGAUAGGAUAGAAAGUCUACCGGUGAAUCCUGAUAGAAAUGAUGAUUGGACUGCCAUGGGAUCUAAAAAGCAUUCCAGGUCAGGUAUGCAGGUUCAAGAUGAGGAAGUUCAUGAACAACCAGCUAAGGUUCAGAAGUCGGGGACAGAAACAGAAAAACAAGAAAGUAUUUUGUCUAAAAGUUCUCGGCUGAUGAAGAACUUUAAGAAACUAGAAGCAGCUUAUUUCUCAACUAGGUUAAGGGCAACCAAGCCAAAGACAAGACCGCGUAAUAGAUAUUCCGGAAUGAAUGCUGAUGGUAAAGGCUCCAUUGUUAUGACCGAAGGUAGUUCAGUUGAUAACUUUUCUUCCAAGGAGGGACACAGUGAAGAAAGUAAAAGGACUGGUUGGAUAGAACCAUUUCUUGAGGGUCUAUGCAAAUAUCUUUCUUAUAGCAAGUUAAAAGUUAAGGCAGACCUCAAGCAGGGUGAUCUGCUGAAUUCUUCAAAUUUAGUAUGCUCCUUGAAUUUCGAUCGUGACAAAGAACUUUUUGCUACAGCUGGUGUAAAUAAGAAAAUUAAAGUAUUUGAAUGCGACUCAAUUUUAAACGAGGAUCGUGAUAUUCAUUAUCCUGUAGUUGAGAUGGCUAGUAAAUCAAAAAUUAGUAGUUUAUGUUUCAAUAGCUAUAUCAAAAGCCAGAUCGCUUCAAGUGACUUUGAUGGUGUGGUGCAGGUGUGGGAUGUUACGCGGAGUCAAGUGACUAUGGAAAUGCGGGAGCACGAGAGACGUGUGUGGUCUGUUGACUUCUCACUUGCAGAUCCUACAAAAUUGGCCAGCGGUAGUGAUGAUUGUGCUGUUAAGCUAUGGAAUAUCAAUCAGGUAGGAAGUAUUGGCACCAUAAAGACCAAAGCCAAUGUCUGUUGUGUUCAGUUUCCUCCUAAUUCAUCACAUUCACUUGCAAUUGGUUCAGCAGAUCAUAAUAUAUAUUGCUACGAUUUGCGUAGCACAAAAAUACCUUUGUGUACCCUAAGAGGUCACUCUAAGACCGUGAGUUAUGUCAAGUUUGUUGAUUCCACCACUCUUGUUUCUGCAUCUACGGAUAACACACUGAAGCUUUGGGAUUUAACAACCUGCACAUAUCGGGUUCUUGAUAGUCCGCAGCAAACUUUCACAGGGCACACAAAUGUUAAGAAUUUUGUGGGUUUAUCUAUAUCGGACGGCUACAUAGCUACAGGCUCUGAAACUAAUGAGGUUUUCGUUUACCACAAAGCUUUCCCCAUGCCCGUAUUAUCCUACAAAUUCUGCAACACAGACCCGGUCUUUGGUUAUGAAUUAGAUGAUGCUUCACAAUUCAUAUCCGCAGUUUGUUGGCGUGGUCAGUCCUCUACAUUGGUUGCAGCCAAUUCUACAGGAAAUAUUAAACUCCUGGAAAUGGUAUGAUUACUAACCCUAUGUUUACAUGCACCAAAAGUAAGUGCUCAUGGCUGCUAAAAUGAAAGCUUGAAAUACCACACAUGCCUGCUAAAAUGGAAGCUUGGAAACCGCAACACUAAUGAAAAAAAAUCAUUUUAACAGCGAUAAUUUCAUACGCUUCUUGGGUUGAGAUAUACAAUCUCAGGUAUAGUACAUGAUUGAUGAAUGAGCAGUUGUAGAGAAAGACAGGGGAUGGGGGAGAUAAGAUAGGAAAUGAAAUGAAAUAAAAAAUAAACAAGAGUUUUGUUUAUGUAUAUAAUAACAAGAAAUUAGUGGGUUGUUUUAUAUAUGUAAUUAGGUGAAAUGAUACAAUUUGGGUUGAUAUUAUAAUGCCCAAUUCAAAUUUUAAA